GAAUGCAUCAUAUUUGUUUGUUUGAAAUUCUACAAAAACUAUUAAGGCGACGGAUGUCAUCCAUGGGCAUUUCCUCGCUGGAGUAGAUUGCAGGGACUUCGGACUAAAAACAAGGAUGCUGCUCAUAGGAUUCAAACAUGUGGAUUUAAAGCGCCUUUUUCGGUCUUCCCAGAGGUUAGCUGCAUGAUGCUGCAAAUGGACACCACAACUCCCUGGAGACCAAUUCUUGUGAAAUGUUGUUGGCUUCUCUGCGAUACUGAUGCUUUUUGGCCGCCAGUGAUGAUUGCGGCGCACACGGCAUGGAGAGGAACAUUGGAGACCAGCUCAACAAAGCUUUCGAGGCUUAUCGCCAGGUUUCAAUUGAAAAGGACAAUGCCCAAAAGGAGCUGCAGCAAAUGACUGACUAUUAUCAGCAAUACACUCAAGAACUGCAAAGGCAGAUCGAAGACCAGCAGCAGCUGAUUGGCCAACUGAAAGCUCAGCUGUCUGCAACAAGGCAACCAUCAGGGGAGACCAAAUGCGAGUCGUGCAACCAUCUCGUGGACGGGGCCACCGCACAUGGGAAAACACAGCAUCAGGAGACUCUCGGCACCGUUGCCCCGCUAAAGACAAACUGUGUUGACUAUCAGGACAUGCUGGAUGCACUAGAAGCCAUUCAUGGAACUUUCCGGCAGAUUCGCUCUCUGUCCCGACGGCAAAAAGAUCACCUGAAGAGAUUCCGCGGUGGGAUGGAAACUGCAACUGAUCAGCAGUUCUCCAUGCCCAUCCAGUGCACGGACCGCGCGGCAGAACCCGAAGCGCCCUUCUUCCUGGCGUCAAGGUCGACGCCGCACAUCCCGCUGGCGCCCACCUUGCUGGCGUCGCGCGGCGCCAGCCCCGACGACAGGGACUUUAUAGACUCGCUCUCCAAGUUCAGCGUGAAAUUCCCGCCUCCCGUGGACAGCGAAUACGACUUCCUGAACAGCGCCCCGGAAAGGCACGUUGCGCUGACCGCGCCCGUGAAGCGGCCCCUCGGCGGCAUCCCCGCGGCGACCAACAACAAGGAGGGGGAGCGGGAGGAGGAGGAGGAAGAGGAGGAGGAGGAGGAGCCCUCGGAACUGUCCGUGCCUUUUGUCAUCCCGACGUUCGCCUCCCACACGACGUCCUCCUCGCUCUCCCAGGAGGACGUUCGGGGCCCCCAGCAGUCCCUGUGGAGCCCCGAGCUGUGCGAGGACGCCGACGUGGCGGCGGAGAUGGCGACGGCUCAGCGCAGCGUCCCGGAUAAAUGCGCCUUCUGCCACGCCGUGGUUCCUCAGGAGCAAAUGAACAGCCACCUCUACUCACAUUUCUCACCUUCGGAUGAAACGCAUCGCUGACUUUGCUCGCAAACCAGCCCAGAGACUUCAUGUAAGAGUGGCCCGAGCGCCGCCCGCCGCAAUGUACGUUCACUGUACGGGACACCGUAAUGAGACUUGAAUCCAUCUUAUUUAAUAUUGAAGAAUUGAAUGGUACAGCGCCCCCACCCCCCCACGCCCACUCCGCCCCAUAUAUUUGUUUUUUUUUUUCUAAUAGGCCUCCAGCUGAGAUUUAAUGAUGACGCAUAAUGAGGAAAUAAAGCCUGCGAUGAAUCUUUUAUUGUAAGGUG